AUGAGAAGCAAGCGCGUGCCAACAGCAAUUAAUGGCAGGUCCGGCAUUGAGCUAAGUAAGCUGAUGGAGCACCAGUUUACGAAGAAGUCGAAAAUGAUCCUCGGUCAAGUGCAGCAGCGUCAGAAGCAAGAAGAAGAUGAGCAGAUGGAAAGUUCGGUAGCGCAACUCACCGAUAAAGAUCCGUUCAAUCUUAGCAACGAUGAUUACUACAAGCCAAAGAAUGUGGAAAGGUAUUCACUGUUUUUCUGUGCUUAA